AUGACAGCCCCGGGGGCGCCGACACAACAGUCCAGGAGACACAACAGUCCAGGAGACACAACAGUCCAGGAGACACAACAGUCCAGGAGACACAACAGUCCAGGAGACACAACAGUCCAGGAGACACAACAGUCCAGGAGACACAACAGUCCAGGAGACACAACAGUCCAGGAGACACAACAGUCCAGGAGACACAACAGUCCAGGAGACACAACAGUCCAGGAGACACAACAGUCCAGGAGACACAACAGUCCAGGAGACACAACAGUCCAGGAGACACAACAGUCCAGGAGACACAACAGUCCAGGAGACACAACAGUCCAGGAGACACAACAGUCCAGGAGACACAACAGUCCAGGAGACACAACAGUCCAGGAGACACAACAGUCCAGGAGACACAACAGUCCAGGAGACACAACAGUCCAGGAGACACAACAGUCCAGGAGACACAACAGUCCAGGAGACACAACAGUCCAGGAGACACAACAGUCCAGGAGACACAACAGUCCAGGAGACACAACAGUCCAGGAGACACAACAGUCCAGGAGACACAACAGUCCAGGAGACACAACAGUCCAGGAGACACAACAGUCCAGGAGACACAACAGUCCAGGAGACACAACAGUCCAGGAGACACAACAGUCCAGGAGACACAACAGUCCAGGAGACACAACAGUCCAGGAGACACAACAGUCCAGGAGACACAACAGUCCAGGAGACACAACAGUCCAGGAGACACAACAGUCCAGGAGACACAACAGUCCAGGAGACACAACAGUCCAGGAGACACAACAGUCCAGGAGACACAACAGUCCAGGAGACACAACAGUCCAGGAGACACAACAGUCCAGGAGACACAACAGUCCAGGAGACACAACAGUCCAGGAGACACAACAGUCCAGGAGACACAACAGUCCAGGAGACACAACAGUCCAGGAGACACAACAGUCCAGGAGACACAACAGUCCAGGAGACACAACAGUCCAGGAGACACAACAGUCCAGGAGACACAACAGUCCAGGAGACACAACAGUCCAGGAGACACAACAGUCCAGGAGACACAACAGUCCAGGAGACACAACAGUCCAGGAGACACAACAGUCCAGGAGACACAACAGUCCAGGAGACACAACAGUCCAGGAGACACAACAGUCCAGGAGACACAACAGUCCAGGAGACACAACAGUCCAGGAGACACAACAGUCCAGGAGACACAACAGUCCAGGAGACACAACAGUCCAGGAGACACAACAGUCCAGGAGACACAACAGUCCAGGAGACACAACAGUCCAGGAGACACAACAGUCCAGGAGACUAAUUUUGACACGACGCAUAUGGGAGCUAUACACAUGGGACCUCAGCACCAGGUGCUUGUAA